GUGAGUGGCACGAAAUAUUUUAGCAACGGCUUGACGCGUAUUUUCCUCUGAAGCUCAUUUCGAUGUUAUUAACAAAACCUCGCCGCGUUCGUGCUUCUUUCUCUAAAUAAAAUCGAGGCGCCAUCGUCGCAGUUCGUUCUGGUUUGCCAAUAAAUCCGGAGUUGGUUUUAUAUCUACAUAUACACAUACAUACAUACAUGCAUAUGUACCUAUCGCGUGAAGUAACAAAAGAAUUAUUACUACAUACACACCCAUACAAGGAAAAAUUCCAACAUACAUAUUAAAGUGUGUAACUAAUACAAGUGUUUCGAUUGUGAAAAUCGCAUUGUGAAAAUCGAAAAUCUCCAAAGCUGAAUCGGAAAAGUGGAUAUUAGGGAGUGUUUUUUUUGUGUAUGAUCGAUCGGUGGAUGUACCUUUACAGUGCCUAUCUCUGGAUUUGCCGUAUUUCCUUGGCUGCUCAGUUGGUAUAGGCUCUAAGAAAGUCAUCGGAAUUUUUAACUCUUCCUUCCAGUGGAUUAUAAACCGCCAAAAUUGUGGAGGCACUUAAAAUGAAGACUGAGCUGCGGUCAUGCGCAGCGUGUGGGGAGCCAAUCUCGGAUAGAUUCUACCUCGAGGUUGGCGGUUGCUCUUGGCACGCCAAUUGCCUGCGAUGUUGUAUGUGCAUGUGUCCCUUGGAUCGCCAACAGUCCUGUUUUAUACGGGAACGUCAGGUCUACUGCAAAGCGGAUUAUAGCAAAAGCUUCGGUGCCAAAUGUUCAAAAUGUUGUCGUGGUAUUUCAGCCUCUGAUUGGGUUAGACGAGCGCGAGAUUUGGUGUUUCAUUUAGCCUGCUUUGCAUGUGAUCAAUGUGGUCGGCAAUUGUCAACGGGAGAACAAUUUGCCCUCAUGGAGGAUCGGGUUUUGUGUAAAUCACAUUACCUGGAGACCGUGGAAGGAGGUACGACCUCCAGCGAUGAUGGCUGUGAUGGUGAUGGCUACCACAAAAGUAAAACGAAAAGAGUUCGCACCACUUUUACCGAAGAGCAGUUACAAGUAUUACAAGCCAACUUUCAAAUAGACAGUAAUCCCGAUGGCCAGGAUCUUGAGCGCAUAGCCUCCGUGACAGGACUGAGUAAACGUGUCACCCAAGUCUGGUUUCAAAAUUCCCGCGCCCGUCAGAAAAAACACAUACAUGCUGGUAAGAAUAAAAUGCGUGAACCUGAAGGAAAUUCUUUUGCCCGCCACAUAAACCUGCAGCUCACCUACUCCUUCCAGAAUAAUGCUCAAAACCCCAUGCAACUGAAUGGCAAUAAAGCGGGAUUGUAUCCCGCUCACGAAUCUUCAAUGGAUGAAUUAUCACAGGACUCCAGUGUGCAUUGUAUGCAAAGUGAAGUGUGACUCAACCUGUUAGAACCGAAUUAGAUCAAUUAAUUCCUACCUUAUUAUUAUCAGCAUUUUUACAAAAUAUUGCAAAUAUUUUAGAGGAUAAAAAGUACUAAAAUAUUACGUCCUAAACCUAGUCAAAAUUGCAAAAUCGUCCAACUCUAAACAAAGGAAAAAACAUGAAAAAAACUUCAGUCAACCUUGAAUCGCACAAAAUGAAUGUCAUGAUAUUUCGUUGAAACGAAAAAGGAACUACCCAUUUGGCUCAAAUCAGUGACUAAAUUUAUGUAUACAACUAAGUUAAGACGUGUGUGUGUGUGUGUGUGUGUAUAGUCCCGUCCUUUCUCCUAUUUUGUUUUACUUAACCACAACCCAGAGAAUGUUUGUACGAGCAACAAGAUGCAAUUGCUUGGUCUGUUUUUGUUUUUAGUCUUUAAAUCGAACUACAAUACAUACAAGCA